CACAAUCACAUUCUUUCUUAAUCAAACCAACAAUUGCUUUCAUCAUUGAUUUCUAAGGUAUUUCUUGACAUAACAGAUUAGAUCUGAGGUCGCGUGACUUUCUAUCAAGUGGAGGUACCGAGGGCCUUCAACAUACGAGCCUAAACUUGGCGGCCCAGGCAACCAUUUAAUGCCUUGAUUUCAUCUACUUCAAGGCCUCCCACCAACCCCCCUUGCACGGGAUCCAAAUUCUAGAUCUCUCACCUGUACUUCACAAAGCAACGGCAUCUUUAACUCUACAUUCCCUCACCCAGUACAAACUGGACCUCAAUUAACUCCCUCGACCUCAGAUCAAAAUGGCCAACCCUAUCAAAAUCCACAAACAUGCACCAUACCGCAAAUCCCUUCUCAUCCCCCUCUGGACCAUCCAACUCCCCCUCUCCGUUUUCCUCUUCGUAAUGUCAGGAAUCGGUAUCUCUACCGCUACCAGAGGUUAUAGCUUCCACGCAGAUUUGACAAGCUUCGACAUUGCCCGCAUACUACUCAAUCUCUUCCUCACCAGCUCCGUCAUCUUCGUCAUCGUCAAGUUCGCAAACUUCGCCUUGACUACGCAUGUUUUCAAGAUCCAGAGUAUUGCAGCCGUUGUUGUUGGUGUGAUUUGCACGGUGCUGUAUUGCGUGGAGGGCUCUUUUGAGAAGUGGAUUAUGGCGGCCUUUUCGGGCACAGGGUUGCUUGCGAGUAUUACGAUUUGUGCUAGGGUGUGUGUCUUGAGGAGGAGGGUUAAGAGGGGGGAGAUAGGGGAGAUGAAGAGGGGGAGUGGUGGGAAGGAGCUUGAUUCCGAGGCACAGCUGGAUGUGGAGUCGGAGGAUGGUAAUAAGUUUCGGCUUGUUGGUGAUGGGAAAGUGAGAGCUAAUGUUAAGGUUACGUUGGGACCUGGGUUGGAGAUUGAGAAGCCAAGACCUUCGUUCAAUUCCGUGGGGACUGGUACAUCGAGGGCGCCAGAGCAGGUUGUGAGGGAGUUUAUUUGAUGUGAUGUCUAGGAUUUAGUCAGUCAUGAAUGUACGAAUACCAUAUGGUUGAAUGGACAAUUGAGGAAACUCAUUGUACGAGGCAGAAAUUGUCCUUUAAAUGCAAUGCUAGCCUGCUAGGGUAUCUCGCAAUCUUCCCCCAA